UGAGACUGCUCGGAAGGGCUCAUUUCUUAAUCUGUCCGGGAGUGCAAGAAAGAGGUAGCAGGAUCUCAACUCUCAGCCCCAGAGGAUGGAGCGACGGCACUUGGACCAGUUAGCGUCAUCCAGCAGCGCCAGGGUUCCUUGCUAAAGGUGAUGGUGGUGUGCUGAACCCAACCGAGCCUGGCCAAUCAUGGCCCUGUGGGUAUUAACCCGCGCUCUUAGCUCUCUGAGCCUGACGCCCCGGAUCGCUGUCGCCCCCGGCCUAAGCCUGCUCCCGGCCGUCCAGGUGACGAACAAUGUCCUCCUUACGCUGCCCUCUGGCUUGAUGUCACUUCCCUGCCGCCCAAUCCUUACCUCUGUGGCCCUUAGCGCUACGUCUGUGUCCUGGAAGAGUCGUACCAAGUAUACCGUUAUGCCAGUGAAGAUGAGGAAGUCUGGGGGCCGAAACCACACAGGCCAAAUCCAAGUGCAUGGUAUUGGUGGGGGCCACAAGCAACGUUAUCGCAUGAUUGACUUUCUGAGGUUCCGGCCAGAGCAUGAAUCCAAGCCAGGACCCUUUGAGGAGAAGGUCAUUGCUGUCCGCUAUGAUCCCUGUAGGUCAGCAGACAUAGCUCUGGUUGCUGGGGGCAACCGGAAACGCUGGAUCAUUGCCACAGAGAACAUGAAGGCCGGAGAUACAGUCUUGAACUCUGACCACAUAGGUCGAAUGGCAGUUGCUGCUCGGGAAGGGGAUGCCCAUCCUCUGGGAGCCUUGCCAGUGGGGACCCUCAUCAACAAUGUGGAGAGUGAGCCAGGCCGGGGGGCCCAGUAUAUCCGAGCUGCAGGGACCUGCGGUGUGCUGCUACGGAAGGUGAAUGGGACGGCCAUCAUCCAGCUGCCCUCGAAAAGGCAGAUGCAGGUGCUGGAAACGUGCAUAGCAACCGUGGGCCGAGUAUCCAAUGUUGAUCAUAACAAACGGGUCAUCGGCAAGGCCGGGCGGAACCGCUGGCUGGGAAAGAGGCCUAACAGUGGGCUCUGGCAGCGUAAGGGGGGCUGGGCUGGCCGGAAGAUUCGGCCGCUGCCCCCCAUGAAGAGUUACGUGAAGCUGCCCUCAGCUGCUGCCCAAAGCUAAUAUCCCUGGACUCUAAUAAAAUGGCCCCUAUUUGUA